UUUUGGCUUUGAUUUUCUUCACAGCUUUUGUAAUUUUUAAUAUUAUGUUUGUAAAUAAGUCGCAAGAUUUACAUGAUGAUAAAAUAUUCGUAAAUUUAAGCAACUGAUUCGAGAAGAGUAAUAUGUGAAGGUAUGUCCAGAACCAUCAAGAACUUAUUAUAACCUGCAAAACGAUCAUGAAUCCGCCUCAGAUUUGUGUGAAUUGCCACAAUAAAAAGUCUGUAAAUUUGACGACUAAUCGUCUGGUUACCGAAAGCUGUGGUCAUGUGAAAUGUAUGGAUUGCCUUGUACAUGAAAAGUCAGGAUGCUUAGCUUGCUUGAAUAGCACUAAAGAAAAAGAGGAUGAAGUUCCAGUGGAUGAAGAAAAGGCUGUUGAUAUAUCAGAGACAGUUAAAGAGUACGAAAUCACAAUUGAUAGCGAACCCAUCGAUAUAUUUGUUGAUGGACUAAAUGAUUUUGAUUCUAGUACGAACAAAAAGCCAGAAAUUUCACAUAUUACUGAAGAAUUGGUUGGAGAUAUGAGGCAAUACACAUGUACCUUAUGUAAAAAAACAUUUCAUGCUCGCAGCCAAGUAAUUUAUCAUGCCUAUUGUAAUGGCCAGAGAAAGCCGUAUCAGUGUCCAGAAUGUGAAAAGAGUUUUGCAGCACAUUCUCAUUUCAAAUAUCAUAUGAGAGUUCAUCGUAAUGAACGAACAUAUGCCUGCGAUGUCUGUGGAGACAGCUUUUUCCAGAUGUCCAAGUUGCAGCGUCAUAAGCUUAAGCAUACAAAAGAGAAGAAGUAUGCUUGUUCUCAAUGCAACAAAGCGUUCAACAAUGUGACAUCCCUGCGCAAGCACACACUGACACACACAGAGGAACGUCCGCACGCUUGCGCGGUCUGUGGUCGGCGUUUUAGAGACAGCUCCAACUACAAGAAACAUGUGCUCAAACAUGGGUAUAACCCGGAGAAACCGUGCGCUUGCGGCGGCGGUGCGGGCGGGUGUGCCGAGUGCGAGAGCCGCGCUCGGCGGGCGCAGGGCCGCGCGCACCAGUGCCCACGCUGCCCGCAGGCCUUCCACUCCAGAAAGGACAUGCGCAGGCAUGCCGCUGUGCAUUCUGAUUCCAAGCCUUUCCGGUGUAAGGUGUGCAACCGUCGGUUUAGGAGGAAGGACAACCUCGAGCGUCACAUCCGCAACACCCACCCCGAGUACGUCCCCGCCAUGGCCGUCGAGUGCGACGAGAGCGCGCUCAAGGAGAUUGCCAACCCCCACACGGACCUCUCCGACGAGACAUACGAGAAGAUCGAGAAGACCAAACUCGAGAUACUCAACCCCCUGCCGCCGAUACCGCAGGAUAUCAUGCAGCAACACAUCGACGAGGCCGAUAAACUUCCGAAGAAAAGUGAAGUCGACAAGCUGUCCAUUAUAGAGGCGAACAACGCCCGACAGAGCGUCAUCGUCGAAAAACGAAACGCCGAAAGCGACAAGAAAUCCUGUCCGGAGAACGAGUAUGUCCACAAAAUACGCAAGGCCACCGUACCGCUCCCUCCCAUAGACCAAGAGAAGUUCCGCAGCGUGCAGAGAGGUUACAUACCCAACGGCAACGACCCGGCCCCGCCGAUCAAGAAUAUGGAGAUCUACAAGAAGAUCCUGUACGAGAAACUCGAGAAGGACACGAAUGAGGUGAUCCAGAAUCCAAAAAUGCACUGGAGGAAAAAGAUGGAGCAGGAUAUCAAUUAGUGAGUAUGUAAGAGAAGGCUGAAUGAUUGCUAAGCGAUCACCCCAUGUACUGGGUAAUUUUAGAGGUAUAUGUUAAUUUUUAUAUCGAUAUAUAUAUUUUAGGCUAGAUGGUGAAUAUAUCACGUAGAUAUUAUCCUACAACUAGCAAUACGAAACGAGCAGUGAAACUAUAGUCUGGUCUUUAAGGGUUAAGUUUCUAUAUUACAUACGAGCUGUAAUAAUAAUAUAUAGGUAAGUACUUUAUUACUGUAAUUGUAGGCGAUUGCUAGGUAUCCAUAGUUUGUCAGACUUAGGUAAGAAAAGUAAAUAAAAUUUACUUUAAGCUUCAUUCUGUUACAUAGAUUCUUAAGGAUUAUCAUAAAUGAAAGCAAUAAAGUAAAUGCUAAAAUAAUGAAGCAGUGGGAUGGAUAUUCUGAAAACCGAGUAGAUUUUUUAGUAUAAAUAUAUAUUUUUUACUUUUCAAUUGCAAUGAAAUAAUUUUAACGCUUCUCUGAAUACUUAUAAUUACAUUUAAGCUUUAGAGUAAAAACAUCAAUGAGUUUAAGAAAACGCGUGGUCUGACCACAAGAAAAGUUUGAGAAUCCAAAUGAGCUAAAAUGAUUUAUACGCAAUGAGUGAUUGUGCUGUGCCUCUGUUUUCGAAAUUUUUUUGUAUGAAUUUAUAUAAGUUGUGUAUGAACUAGAGUCCGUGUACGAAUGCGUCCAAGACGUGUAGGUAAGCCGCGUAGUGUGUACUAGCUCUAAGUUGUUCUCCUUUAGUUUUGAGUACGAU